AUGGCAACAUCAGAUAAUGAAAAACCAUUUGAUCUUUCUGGAAACAGUAGUGCUCGAGAUGGUUUUGGAUAUUUUGCCUUUCAUCAAUAUCAAGGAUUUUGGUUCUAUGCUAAAGGAAUAGAAAACGUUAAAGAUUUUCAACAGAAUUUUAAAGCUUUGGACACCGAUAUAGUUAUUGCAACACUACCUAAAGCAGUUUCACCUCAUGACCUCGUCCCCUUCGCUGAUUAUAAACAUGUUUAUCCACCAGGGUAUAACCAUCUAGAGCAUGAGCUUGAUUCUCCAUCCAGACUUACAGCUACCCAUGUUCCUUACCCUUCUUUACCUGAAUCCAUUAGGAGUUGCAUAAAUUGCAAGGUUGUUUAUUUAUGUAAAAACCCAAAAGACAACUUCAUCUCUUUGUGGCAUUUUAUGAACAAAUUAAGAGCAUUUCCGGCAUUGCAGGAGGACAAUGGAUAUAGAGCUCCUCUGUCAAUCGAAGAGGCUCUUGAGUUUUUUUGCAGCGGAGUCUCAAUUUUCGGUCCAUUUUGGGAUCAUAUCCUUGGGUAUUGGAAAGAAAGUUUAGAGAAUCCUCAUAGAGGGUUGUUUCUAAAGUACGAAGAUUUGAAGAAAGAACCGAAAACUCAAGCAAGAAGACUUGCAGAAUUCAUGGGUUACGGUUUCUCUACAGAAGACGAGAGUCGAGGAGUGAUCGAAGAAAUAUUACAUUUAUGUAGUUUUCAAAACUUGAAAGAUUUGGACGUCAAUAAGAAUGGUAACUUUACAGACAGAGUCAAAAACAUCGAGUUUUAUAGGAAAGGUGAGGUUGCUGAUUGGAAGAAUCACUUGAGACUGCCUAUGGUUGAACGACUAGAUCGUCUCGUGAACGACAAGUUUCAAGGGUCAGGGUUAGUAUUUGAAAACUAG